AAAAGAUCGCCACAUAUUCUUUCUUUAUAUAUUUUUUAAUUAUAAUUAUAAUUAUAAAAAAAAAAAAAAAAAAAACAAAGUUAACUCACUUCCUAUAUAUCUCUAUCUCUAUUAUAUAUACACACACAUUCCAUAAGUCGCCGGACCCUCUCUCUCCAGACCGACGGAGAUCUCGAUCAGUCUUCACUUCAAUUUCCGGGUUUUCAAUAUUUGAAGAGUAGUGAAGUUCUUUUUAUCUUGAAAACAACAUGGCUAUUGAUGGUGUUGUGUCUGUUGAAAACGGGCAUGUUGGUGAAAAUGAAUCCGGUCCUCACGUGAGUGAAUCCGUUCGUGUAGAGAAAGCACCCGAACCCAGCUUUCCAAAGGAUGCAGUUGACGAGUGGCCCGAAGAAAAAAAGUUCCACUCACUUUAUUUUGUUAAAUACCGAACAGUUGAAGACCAGGCCCUGAAAGCUAAACUUGAUCAGGCUGAUAAGGAUCUUAAAAAGCUUAAUUUGGCCCGUGACCCCAUAACUGAAAAGCUGAGGGCAAAAAGGAAUGAACGAGCACAAGUAAUUGGUCAACUUAAGGCGCUCGUUGAAGAAAAAAACCAUUUCAGGACGAUCAUGGAUGGCAAGAGAAAAGAAAUCGAGCCACUGCAGCAGGCUUUAGGCAAGUUGCGGGGCCCAAACAACGCGAACCGAGGAGGUUACAUAUGCUCAUCUGAGGAAGAGCUCAACGAUGUUAUUAAGAGCAUGCAAUACCGUAUUCAACAUGAAAGUAUUACUCUAAACGAGGAGAAACAAAUAAUCAGAGAAAUAAAACAACUUGAAGGGACGAGGGAUAAGGUUAUUGCAAACGCUGCUAUGAGGGCUGAAGUUCAAAAAUCUGUUGGUGAAAAAGAUGCCAUCCAAGACCAGGUCAAAUCUAUUGGCGUUGAUCUUGACGGGGUCCGCAAGGAUCAACAAGCUAUCAAGGCCAAACUUAAGACACUGGAGACUGAAAAAGAGGCCAUAAACGGUGUGAUUGCUUCUUUAGAGGAGGAAUUGCGUGUAGUGAUUGAGAAAAGGGAUAAGGUCUAUGACAAAAUUCGCGAGCUCAGGAAUAAACGUGAAGAAGGGAAUACUUGCUUCUACCAAAACCGCUCCCUCUUGAACGAUGCAAGAAGGCUGGCUGCGAGUAAGGACGUUAAUGCCCUUAUAGAGCUUUCAACCUCAGAGGUCGACAAAUUCAUGUCGGAGUGGAACAGUAGUAAAGCGUUCAGGGAAGAUUAUGAAAAAAGAAUAUUGCAAUCACUCGACAUGCGCCAGCUCAGCAAAGACGGGCGUAUGAGGAAUCCGGAAGAGAAGCCUUUGAUCGCACAACAAUCACCAGCCCCUGUUCCCGUUGAAACAGAGGUCGUAGCAAAACCAAAGGCGAAACAACCAAAGGAAGAUCCCGCUCCACCACCACCACCACCAGUUGCCGUAACUGAGAAAGAAAAAGACAGCAAAAAAUCGAAAGAAGGGAAAAAGAGUAAAAACGAGAAAUUAGUAGUAGUAGAAGAAGACGAGGAGGAAGUUUACGGGUUGGAGAAAAAACCGGUGAAAACCGAAGUCGUGGAUGAAGCGAAGCUCAAGGAGAUGAAGCGGGAAGAGGAGAUCGCAAAAGCAAAGCAGGCGUUAGAAAGAAAGAAGAAGCUGGCGGAAAAAGCUGCGGUUAAAGCGAAAAAGAAAGCCGAAAAGGAAGCCGAGAAGAAGCUCAAGGAUCGCGAGAAGAAAGAGAAAAAGAAAAUGCAGGCUUCUAUGCCCGCUGUUGAGGCUGCAGAGGAACCCGCAGUGGAGGAGGCAGCUGUGGAGGAAGAAAAAGAAACAACUGUGAAACCACCGCCAACAAUGAAGACCAAAGAGACUAUUAAAGUGAGAGGCAGGGGGAAAGGGCCGGAGUCGCUUUCAAAGGUGAUAUUGAAGCGUAAGAAGUCGAACAACUACAUGUAUUAUUAUUACUAUGCUGCUGCCGGUGCUGCUGCAAUCAUGGUUGUGGUUUUAGCAGUCGGGUAUAACAUGUAUGCGUAGAGGAGGAAUGAGUCGAGAAAACGGAUACUCGUGGUUGGGAGGUGACUGUCGUUUUUGUUUUUUAUUUAUGUUUUUGGUUUUGUAAUUUGCAGCCUUGAGAACUUGAUAUAUGUUUAGAAAGAGGUAGUUUGAAACGUGUGCCAGAGGAGGCACUAAUGUACUUUUUGACAUUUUGCGCUUUGGUUAACUUACAACACUACUUUGUUAUA